UCUUAGGCCCAAGUACUUUAACCCAACCCCUUAACAGGUUGAAGGGAGAGGGGGCAAGCAAAGCAAAGGGUGGGUUGCAGGUCUUCUUCCUCUUACGCAGAGCCAUGGAAAGCGAUGACGACGUUGACAUGCACGCAGCCGACGCCAACGAAGAAUUGGAUGACACGAAGAAGCGCUUGAAAGAGAUGGAGGAUGAAGCUGCUGCUUUGCGAGAGAUGCAAGCCAAGGUCGAGAAGGAAAUGGGAUCUGUUCAAGAUCCUGCAACUGCUUCUGCGAGUCAGGCCAAUAGAGAGGAAAUAGAUUUUCGAUCAGUCUUUGUAGGCAAUAAGAAAACAGACAAUGGCUCUGGCCUCAUCUUCAGCAUCCCUUAUCACGAUCAAGGUCAAGGUCAAGCCUUGCAUUUUAGGGUCUCCGAGGAGAUCCGUCGUUGUUCGGAAUUGCGCCAAGCCGACGUGUCGCCGAUAGCGACGAGCUGGAAAGUUGAUAGUUGGAGGAUGAAGAAGGCGCUUCAGCUUCCGGAGUACCCUGAUGCGAAUGAAUUGGAUCAAGUUCUCGAAACCCUUUCUUCUUUUCCCCCUAUUGUGUCCGCCGGUGAGGCCAGGAAUCUGGAGGAGAAACUGGGUCAGGCUGCGAUGGGAAACCCUUUUCUCCUUCAGGGCGGGGAUUGCGCUGAGAGCUUGAAGGAAUUCAAUGCGAACAACAUCCGUGACACCUUCCGUGUCCUCCUUCAAAUGGGUGUCGUCCUCAUGUUCGGUGGUCAAAUGCCUGUUAUCAAGGUGGGGAGAAUGGCUGGUCAAUUUGCAAAGCCAAGAUCAGAUCCAUUUGAGGAUAAGAAUGGAGUGAAGCUUCCUAGUUACAGAGGUGACAAUGUGAAUGGCGAUGCAUUCAAUGUGGCAUCCAGAAUCCCCGAUCCACAGAGGAUGGUUAGAGCUUACUGCCAAUCUGUGGCUACUCUGAACCUCUUGAGGGCGUUUGCCACAGGUGGUUAUGCUGCCAUGCAAAGGGUUAACCAAUGGAAUCUUGAUUUCAUGGCGCAUAGUGAACAGGGGGACAUUUUUUUGCUGUGGGCAAACAGGUACCGUGAAUUGGCUCAUAGGGUAGAUGAGGCCCUUGGGUUCAUGAAUGUUGCCGGGCUCACAUCCGAGCACCCAAUCAUAAGUACAAGAGACUUUUGGACCUCCCAUGAGUGUUUGCUUCUCCCUUGUGAACAAGCACUUACUAGGGAGGACUCCACUACAGGGCUUCAUUAUGAUUGCUCAGCUCACAUGCUGUGGGUUGGGGAACGUACCCGCCAACUUGAUGGUUCUCAUGUUGAGUUCUUGAGAGGAGUUGCUAAUCCACUUGGCAUAAAGGUGAGUGAUAAGAUGGUGCCAGACGAACUUGUCAAACUGAUAGACAUUCUCAACCCUAAAAACAAGCCAGGCAGAAUUACAGUAAUUGUUAGGAUGGGAGCUGGAAUAUGCGAGUGAAGCUUCCUCAUCUUAUCAGGGCAGUUCGCAGAGCAGGACAAAUACAUAUUCGGUCAAGAUAUAUAUUUCUGUUUUGAUGCAAUAAGAGCUGAGUUGAGGACAUUCUUUGGUGGAGGGCAUGCAAGUAGCAGUUCAAGCAGUGAUUCAUCAUCGUCAAGUGCAUUCCUCGCCGCCCUCGACGCCACCGUGAGGUUGCUGAAUGCAUUGUGGAACACUUGCUCUUCGUCCAUUGGUCUGAAGAUUCUUGCUGAAUUUUCUUGUAUCUUCUUUUUCGGGAAAAUCGUCUCUCCAGCAUGAUAUUCAAGUACAUGAAGUAUAAAAAGAGGGAAGACAAAACAGCAAUGGUAUGCAUGUAAUAAGACGAAAGAACAAAGCAAAAUGAAAACUCCCGAAGAACAAGAGAACAACGUAUCCCACUGAUAGAGAUGGAACAUUGGCCUGAGGCUGAGGCAGUGUUGGAAAUGAAGGCAAAGGUGGCAAUGUUGGGUUAGUCAAAGAGGGAAUGCCUCGUAAAUUUGGUGUUGUUGUUUGCAGGAGAUGACGAGCUGCCAGCCCAAUAUCAAUGCUUGAGAACACAGAAGUGAAUAAGGAAAACUGUUCACCAAUACUCUCUUGUUAGGUAUAUUGUGAGGUUGAUCUACUUGAAUUUCUGACUAAGGGAAAGAAACAGAAAAAUUAAAGAGUUUGAAGAGUUAUAUAUCUUUUUAGUUAUAAAAUUUUGACGUAAAAUUAAAACUUGUAAAU